UCUUUCCCCUGGGAUUUUUCUCGUAUGCUGCAGUGCGGUUUAUACCACCAAAGGAAGCGAGAUCGCAACCUGGCAUUUCUAGACUAAAGCAGAAGCCAUUUGGAGAAAUUCAGGGGAUGCUUAAGAGGCUGUGUGUGCACACAUGCGUGGACGCAGCAUGCUGAGGAUGCAGAAAGGGAUGAUGUAAAAAGGGAGAAUCUUAAGAUCAUCCUCUGGGCACAGAAUCUCAGGAGCCCAGGCAUCCUGAAGGACAUCAUUGCCCAGAAGCAGAUGGCUUUUGGACUUUUCUCUUCGGCACCUUAUCCUUUGUAGUGGCUGCCUUCAUUUUAGGAGCUUUGUCUGCUGCAUUUUAAAACCCAGCCUUGCUAGUGUCCCUAGUGCUGCCUUCUGUCUGCUCAGCGUAGCUCACUGAGAAGCCAGAGAGGUCCCUGGCUUCUGGAUCCAUUCUGUCUUAGAAAAGCAACCGACUGCUUUGCAAGCCACCACAGCUUACUCUUUGACACCAUGGAACUGUUUUGAACUUCUUUAAGCUUAAUUUUUUUUUUUUUUUUGUGAUUUUUCUACUUAAAAUGUCAGCAAAGUUGAUAGAGUCUCAAGAGAGGGCUUCUUUCUGAUUUCUGAAGCUAGCAAGGGCAUUGGGCGACAUGAGAACUUCCCGGCUGAAUUCCAGAUUCAUGAAGGAUUUCUCCAAGCCUCUGCUGUGUUUAGAAUGGCCUGCAGGAACCCCUUGAAGAAUGAGAAAUUCUGAGUCAAACUUGGAGAGCAAUGGCUGAAAAGGAAAGAUGAACACCUUGGGGUAGGGGUCAGGCGAGCUGCCUUAUGACAUGAUUGACAUCUGCUACAAUUGGCUGACUUGGCAUUUUCCAUCACAACUUGAGGUCUUCAUGUGCUGUCCAGUAUCUACUGCAGGUCAGAUGGAGCAUAGGAAAACAAGGGAACCUAGUAACAAAAGGGUCAAACCCCUUUCCAGAGUCACGUCGCUAGCAAACCUCAUCCCACCUGUGAAGACCACACCAUUAAAGCGCUUCAGCCAAACCUUGCAGCGGUCCAUCAGCUUCCGCAGCGAGAGCCGCCCCGACAUCCUCGCCCCCCGAGCUUGGUCCAGAAAUGCCACCUCCUCAAGCACAAAGCGGAGAGACAGCAAACUGUGGAGUGAGACCUUCGAUGUGUGUGUCAAUCAGGUGCUCACGGCCAAGGAGAUCAAGAGACAGGAGGCGAUCUUUGAACUUUCUCAAGGUGAAGAAGACUUGAUAGAGGACUUGAAAUUAGCAAAAAAGGCCUACCAUGACCCCAUGCUGAAGCUCUCAAUAAUGACAGAACAAGAACUGAAUCAGAUUUUUGGGACACUGGACUCUCUAAUUCCUCUCCAUGAAGAGCUCCUUAGUCAGCUUCGAGAUGUUCGGAAGCCUGAUGGCUCGACUGAGCACGUUGGUUCCAUCCUCGUGGGCUGGCUGCCCUGUCUCAGCUCCUACGACAGCUACUGCAGCAAUCAAGUCGCUGCCAAAGCCCUGCUGGACCACAAAAAGCAGGACCACAGAGUACAGGACUUCCUCCAGCGCUGUUUAGAAUCACCCUUCAGUCGCAAACUCGAUCUCUGGAAUUUCCUUGAUAUUCCCCGGAGCCGGCUGGUGAAGUACCCUCUGCUCCUUCGAGAAAUCCUGAGGCAUACGCCAAAUGAUAACCCAGACCAGCAGCACCUGGAAGAAGCUAUAAACAUCAUUCAGGGAAUUGUGGCAGAAAUCAACACCAAGACUGGGGAAUCAGAAUGCCGUUAUUACAAAGAGCGACUUCUUUACUUGGAAGAAGGCCAGAAAGGUUCCCUGAUUGACAGCUCAAGGGUCCUGUGUUGUCAUGGAGAGCUGAAAAAUAACCGGGGUGUGAAACUCCAUGUUUUCCUGUUCCAAGAAGUGUUGGUGAUCACCCGAGCUGUCACGCACAACGAGCAGCUCUGCUAUCAGUUGUACCGGCAGCCCAUCCCUGUGAAGGACCUCACCCUGGAAGACCUGCAGGAUGGAGAAGUGCGGCUGGGUGGCUCCCUGCGCGGGGCCUUCAGCAACAAUGAGAGAGUUAAAAACUUCUUCAGAGUCAGUUUCAAAAACGGAUCCCAAAGUCAGACCCACUCGCUACAGGCCAACGACACUUUCAACAAACAGCAGUGGCUCAACUGUAUCCGUCAGGCAAAAGAAACAGUUUUGUCUGCUGCCGGGCAGGCUGGCUUGCUCGACUCCGAGGGACUGGUCCGGGGUCCUGGCCCUGAGAACAGGGAACCGCAGGGAGAAACAAAGCUUGAGCAGAUGGACCAAUCGGACAGCGAGUCGGACUGCAGUAUGGACACCAGCGAGGUCAGCCUCGAGUGUGAGCGGAUGGAACAGACAGACGCUUCCUGUGCAAACAGCCAGCCCGAGGAGAGCGUCUGACAGAAGAAGACUGUGACCCUGCUAGCGGCAGGCCGUUUCUUACCUGUACAGUGUUUGCAUUCCACACAUGAACUGUUUGGAGAGGCGCUUUGUAAUACUCCUGUGCCCGUGUUGGCCUAGUUCCCUCUGUUCCUUGUCCCUAGUACUGUAACUGCCACUCAGUCUGUGUCAGUAAGGCAGUCCUUACCCUGUUGCUGUAUCUCACAAGCGUCUAGCUGAGCGGGGAGGAACUGACUGAAUUACUUUGAAUUGCCCUACUUUCAAAACAGAAAGGGUCUCUAAACUACUGUUCUGUGUGGACUGGGUUGACAAAGCCUGUGUCCCAUGCUUCUCUAGUGUUCCUCUAGCUCUGACCUAGUAGCUGUAGUCCUGGCAUUGAGAGCGCUUUGCAGAGAACUGAGAUGGCAUUGGAAGGGAAGGCAGAACGUCUAAUUAACCCUUGGAGUGAGCUCGGGUUCCGUGUUCUUCAACCAGAAAACAUGAAAAUAUCCCUGAGGGUUUCUGAGGUUUAAUUUUGCAAAGGAGGAAGCCUUGUUUUGAAGCCUGAGGUUUCAUCCAGUGUAAGUUGAAUGUAACAAUAUAUGAAGACCUGAAACAGAGGUGGCUUUAGAGAGGGCCAAGAUACAAGCAGCUGCCAGACGGGCCUGGUGGCACAGGCCUACAAUCCUGGCACUUGGGAGCAGAGGCAGGAAGAUGUGGAGUUCAAGAACAGCCUUGGCCACAUACCAAGUUGUAGUUCAAACUGAGUUCCACAGUAUAAACAAAACAGAGCUAAAAGCACCUGCCAGCUCUGACUGUUCAGCUGAUGGGGCGGGGGGUUGUUUGUCAUGGCCAGUGGCUUGCCAUUAGAAAAGCCAUUUCUAGCCUACAACAACAGAGAUUGCCAGGGACCAGGGAAGGAAGAUCUGCCAGAGUUAUGCGACCCCAUCGACAUUAUUUUUCAUCCCCUUCAGCCACUCCUCUUUUCGAGUGGACGACUGUGACUACACCCAGGACUCUGUUUACAAACAAGAGAGAAGGACUUGGGGGUGAGAAAUGUGUCACUGUCACUGAAGCCUCCUGUGCGAACCACGGAAAUUGAAGUUACUCCGGACAGUCUCAGGAGUUCCUGCUCUGCUUUCAGGCCCUGGUUCUUGAGCUACAGUCAGACUGGCGGUUAAUUCCCUUUGAGGCCAGUUUCAUUAGCUCACAUUAUCUAGGAUCAGCUAGCCAAACUGGAAAGUUCUUUGUUCCAGCCUUGAUUUACAGAGCAAGGGUUAAAAACAAAAAAACAAAACAAAAAACCUUGAGGAAAAUAAAAUAUUCACAAACUAAACAGCUUCUUGCAGUGUAAAUACUUAGGGGAUUUGUACAAAAUUAUACCCACACCAGCACUAGUAGUAAUGAUUCUAAAUUAUUGCCAAAAAGUUUUUUGUUAUCAAUUUCUGCAUCAAGUUUACAGAAAAGCAGCAAAAUACAAGGUUGUCCCUUUACUGUGCACAUGGGUCGUGUGCACUGAAAGAAGCUGUGUGACAAGAGCAACCAAUAGAAAAACAAGGUAUAUGACAUUAUUAUUUUUCAAGACAUAUUAUGAUCAGUUCUACCCUGUAAAGCAUAUUUCUGUAUUUAUAGAUUUUAAUAGUGGUGAAUUUUUUUUCUAUUGCAAGUUUAUUUAAAACCAUUUUGUUUCCCAAGUUGCUGAAUAAACCUGCUCCAGGCAGACACAGUGGAAAGCUGAGACAGGACACUGGAUGACGGAGAAAAGCCUGAACUGUUCUCUGUAGAGCCACAGGCCAUGGUAGACAAGGUCUGUCAGCCUGUGGGAAGAGAGUGGACGGAUGUUUUGGUGAAAUGAAUACUUUUGUAUAAUGGCCUUAAACUUUUCUGGAAGCAUUUCAAAUAAAUUGCAUU